AUGGACCACCACGAACUGGAAAAGCAUUGUUAGCUCGUGCAGUUGCUCAUCACACUGAGUGCACAUUUAUUCGAGUUUCCGGCUCCGAGUUGGUGCAGAAGUUUAUUGGAGAAUAAACACGAAUGGUGCAUGAAGUCUUCGUGAUGGCUCGUGAGCAUGCUCCAUCGAUCAUUUUCAUGGAUUAAAUCGAUCCAAUCGGACCAAGCAGAGUUAAAGAAUCUAGUGGAGGAGAUUCGGAAGUUCAGAGAACUAUGCUCGAGCUGAUCAAUCAACUCGAUGGAUUUGAGGCAACGAAGAAGAGUAUUAAGGUUAUCAUGGCAACCAACCGUAUCGACAUCCUCGACACCGAGCAAAUUCCUGGAGCAUCGGGAGCCGAAGUCAAGUCAGUCUGUUUCGAGGCUGGUAUGUUUGCGCUCCGUUAGCGACGUAUUCAUGUGACACGAGAGGAUUUCGAGAUGGCUGUUGGAAAGGUUAUGCAGAAGGAUUCGGAGAAGAAUGA